AUGGCGGCGGAUCGAGGCAGUGAAGGGCUGGGGUUGGAAGAGGGAAGUUUCGUGGUUCAUUUGGCACUGGUCUUGCCUGAAUCGGAUGUCGGAGCUGAGAGAAAACAGCUCCCAAAGUCGGCUGGUCGUGCCCCCGCAUCCAGAAAUUUCUGGGACCGGGUUGUUACAGCUGAUAAGUUCCCAGAUCAAAUCCUUGAUAAGAGUCAGCUUCAGAGAAUAAUUCUCCUCCUUGGUCCUCAGUCCAUACAGAAAUUGUCAAACAAAUCAAAGUCCAUGUCAAGACACUCCCUUGUCUUGGAAUCCCUUCAGUUGAUUCAUUCAAAAUAG